AUGGCGAAGCUACCAAAGAUCACAAACACCUACUUUGUGGCCAUGGUGGCCACCGUAGGUGGCAUGCUGUUCGGCUUCGAUAUCUCGUCCAUGUCGGCCAUUGUCAUUACCCAGCAAUAUGUCGACUACUUCGACAACCCCCAUGGCAUCAUCCAGGGUGCCAUUGGCUCUUCUCUUGCUGCCGGUUCCGUUGUUGGUAGCUUGAUGGCCGGUCCCAUCUCUGAUAAAUGGGGACGUCGUGAUAGUAUUAUGUUUGCUUGUCUCUGGUGGUUAAUCGGAACGGCCGUCCAAGUCUCCACUAAUGGCUUCGGUUCCCUCAUCGCCGGCCGCAUCCUCAACGGUGUCUGCGUCGGCAUCACCUCCUCUCAAGUCCCCGUCUACCUCGCCGAGAUCGCCAAGCGCGAACGCCGUGGCCGUAUCAUCAUCAUCCAGCAGCUCGCCAUCGAAUGGGGUAUUCUCAUCAUGUACUUCAUCGGCUAUGGCUGCUCCUUCAUCAAAGGCACCGCCUCCUUCCGCACCGCCUGGGGCACCCAAUUCAUCCCUUGCGUCUUCCUCAUGCUCGGACUCCCCUUCCUCCCGAGAUCCCCCCGCUGGCUCGCCAAGGUCGGCCGCGAGGACGAGGCCAUCCAGACCCUAGCUGACAUCCAGGCCGGCGGAGACCGCGAAGACCCCCUCGUCAUCGCCGAGUGGCAGGAGAUCUCUACCGUGCUGUCCGUUGAACGCGAGUCGCAAAAGGGGUGGAGGAAGUUCUUUCUCAAGGGCAUGUGGAAGCGUACAAUGGCCGGCGUGAGCGUGCAGAUGUGGCAGCAAUUGUCUGGUGCAAAUGUCAUCGUUUACUAUAUUGUAUACGUUUUCCAGAUGGCAAAUCUCACGGGAAACAUUAACUUGAUCUCAUCGGGUAUCCAAUACGCUGUAUUCAUCGUCUUCACGACCAUCAUGUUCUUCUUCAUAGACAGCUCCGGCCGCCGCGGUCUCCUCAUCUACGGCGCCCUCGGCAUGUCCGUCUGCCACUUCGUAGUCGGCGCCAUGCUCGGCGCCUACGGAGUUGACGUCCCCGAAGGCGUAGGCGGCAACGCCAACGUAGUCAUCCGCGUGACUGGCUCGCCCGCGCACACCGUCAUUGCCUUCAGCUACCUGCUCAUCAUCGUGUACGCUCUGACCCUGGCUCCCGUGGCCUGGAUCUACGCCGCCGAGGUGUGGUCCCUCGAGACACGCGCCACCGGCAUGGCGAUGGCCGCCACGGCCAACUGGCUCUUCAACUUCGCCCUGGGACUCUUCACGCCCCCGGCCUUCUUGAACAUCAAGUACAAGACUUUUAUCAUCUUUGGCGUUCUUUGCAUCGGUGCUGCUGUGCAGGCUUUCCUUACCUAUCCGGAAACGUGCGGGAAGACGAUUGAGGAGGUCGAGGAGAUGUUUGCGGAGGGCGGGCCUUGGGCUUGGCAGACUAGGAAGGGUGAGUCGAGGCUUGAUGCGGAGAUCCAGGCUGUUAUUGAGAAGAAGAAGGCGACGGAGAAGGAGAAGGCGGUUGAGGUGGAGAAUAGGGAGGAGGCUGUUUGA